AAUUGAUUCUUGACGCCACCGUGCCGUAUGAAAGCAAUAUGCCGAGUACGAAUCAACGUUGCUAUUGGACUUUACAAACUGCUCCAAAACCAACACAGGCUGCUUUGUCCAACUGACUGGCGCUUAGAAUGCCAACAGACAACUUCCGAGCGCCAAGGCACACUUCACGAUAGCCAAACGAUACCAUCCGCCAACAGCUCGAUCAGGACGUAUCUGAACACGCCACGCGUAUACUUCUCAUACGCCAGUUACGCGCCCGAUAGGAAUUCGCCGGAGCAAUCCGGACGGUUGAUCUCAGAUCCGCUUGCCCAGCUUUUGCCUCGUGGAAAAAGAAAUGCUCCCCCAAGAGCUCACACUAUGCUCGCACCAGCCCGCAGGAGUUCCAACUCGACACUCGACGCGCGCCAUAGCUGACACGAACGAUGGUGGUAAAUGAAGCUGAACAAACCAAGGAGGCGACGUGAAACUGUGGUCAAGCUCAGACUGUGUCUCGGAAGAGGGAAAAAGAAGAAGAAGAAGAAACUCAUAGGGCGACUUGAUCCGUAAUGUCUAUAGCUAAGCAUUUCUGUGACAGCAAGACAGUGCUUGGUGUGUUCCAGCCAUGUGGGUUACAGAACCGUCAUACGCGUCGAUACAGGUGAGGCGCAUGGUGUUUCAGAUUACCAUAUGUCCUGGGAUGACGUCGAGAGGGGUAUGAAAUGAGACUAGUUAUCAAAAAAUCUAGUUGAGAUUGCUUCGGAGGAAAAAAAUCGGAAUUGUU